AUGAAAAUAAUUAAAUUUUCAAUAAUUUUUUUAAUAUUAAUUAUUAAUAUUAUAAAUUCAAAAGAAUGUACAAAAAACCAUGAAUGUAAUUUACCAUAUUCAUAUUGUGGUAAUGGUUGGUUAAUUGAUGUAAGAUCAAUUGGGUUGGGCAGAGAUGGUAAAAUUUAUUUCACUGCUAGAAAUCAAUUUGAUACAAGUGAUAAUCAAUUAGGACCAUCAUAUUUAGUUAGUGUUGUUAAAGAUUCUGCCGAUAGAAAUCCAGGUACAACCAUUGUUUAUAAGAUUACUGAUGAACAACCAAAUGGACCAGUUUUCAAUCGUGUUAAUGGUAUUGGUGGUGUUAAUCAAUUAUCAAAUGGUAAAUUCUUAAUUAUUAAAGAUAUGUAUCGUUAUUUACCACUCUAUGGUACAAUUAAUGAACAAACUAAAAAGUAUACAACUGCCUUCAAACAAAACUUUGAAAAUUCAAUUUACAUUGAUGGUGAUACAAUGUAUCGUUGUAUUGAUAAUCGUUUAGAAUCAGUUACACCAGUGCCAUUAUCAUUAGAUUCUCCAAGUGGUGCAGGUGAAACUAAAUUACUUUAUAAUACAAACUAUUGUCUUGGAUUAGUUAAAGUUGGUACUAAUUUAAUUUUUACACAAAGAAUUCAAAUUGGUGAUCAAUCAAUUAUUGGAUUUUAUAUUACAGUGGCAAAUUGUAGUAAUUGUAGUACUCCAUCACCAAUGUUUUCAGUAACUGAUCCAGCAGUUUAUAGUCUUGCAGCUGAUAAAAAUUAUUUCUAUUAUUCAACUCGUAAUGGUUUAUUUAGAGUACCAAUGAAUGGUGAUGUUAGUAAAAGAAUGAAAUUAUCUGAUAAUCCAAAUAUUAAAGGUAUCUUAAGAGAUCAAACUUCCAGUGGAAUUUAUUAUGCUAGUAGUUUUGGUAAUGGUUCUUCAAUUAUUAGAAUUGAUGCUAUAGAUUUUAGAAUUCAAACUCUCUAUGACUAUACUGGUGCUAGUAAUCCUUCAACUUCAACUGGUACCUGCCAAUGUCUUUCUGCAUUCACUGGUGAUAAUUGUUCAAAUUGCAAUGGUACUGUAAAUUGGGAAUCUAAUCCAAUUACAAAUUCAAAUUAUCCAGUUUGUCAUCCAUUCUUACCGGAUGGUUCAGUUUCAUAUUGUAAUCAAGAUUGGCAAUGUUCAAAUAAUCCAUACAAUUAUUGUCUAGAUAAUUCAUGUGUUUGUAGAAAAGGUUUCGGUGGUAAUAUUUGUCAAUAUUGUUCUUCAAAUAAUGUUACUUGGUCAAAUGGUAUUCCAACUUGUAAUUUAUAUUACCAUGGUUAUACAACUUCUAAUUAA